AUGGAGAGCAGAGGGUUCUCUACGAAAGGAACUCUGGCAGUCCAAAAGAGCUUCCUUGUUGUCAAAUGCAUGCGUGGUGAAUGCCUGGAAUGUGAGAAAAUGGUCUUGGCAGCAGUCGAUCUCUCCGGCUGCUUGCACGGGAACAGCAAGGUUGAGUUGGGUGACAAAGCCUUUACAUACAAGGUGACCUUUGACCUCAAUGGCACAGAGACUCUUUCCAAGCAGGUUGACAACCUGAAGGUUGCAUAUGAAUGGUUGCUUUCACUGGGAAGUUCAUCAAAACAGGGGACUUUAGCUCAAGGCCUGAGAAAGGCGCAGCAAGUCGCAAAGCCCGCAGUAGCACUGGAAAAAGCAGCUGAUACAUUGAGCUCGGAGAAACCUGGAGACCUUCAAGAAAUGGUUUCCUCUUUGUCCGGACCACCUUUGCUCCAGGAUGCCACUGACAUGACGGCUGACUUUAUGAAGCCUGCCCCAGAGGAGAGUGAGGGCUUACCGCCUUCAUGCGCAUGCAUCCACAAGGGUUCUAUGUGCACAUUCACGAACCUUUGUUACAAGACCCAAGAUGCAUGUGCACUGCUUCUUGGGAAGCCGGCAUGGAACGGCAAGUGGCAUGUCACCAACUUUGUUCUAAGUAUGGGCUCUUUGCAAGAGUUGAUGGAUCAUUCAAGAGUCCUUGCACGCUGCAAAGCCUUAAACUUGAACUUCUGUGGUGCAAUCAUGUCGGGAACUCCUGCUUAUUGGGACGACCGUCUGACUGAUGUGCUCAAGAUGUUCAGUUCUUCUUGUGAGUGCCCGCUUUUCAUCCACAUUGAUUUCUCCAAAGUGGCAACUGGGAAGCCUCAUGCAUGGGAGCUGUUUGAGGGAGAGUGCCGCAGGGUCUCAAUCCAAUGGACAACACAGCCAAGGGAGGUGCAGAAGAGGCUUUUGUACAACCUGUGCUGGCUCGAGGACUUUGGAGUGAGUCAUCUUGAGCAUGUCGGUGACAUCAAUGGCAAGCUUUUGGACACCGUCUACGGGGAAGGCACCAUUCUGCGAAGCUAUGGCUUGUCCAAGCUACCAACCACAUUCCAUAUUGUGGCCAGUGUCAACAAAGGAAGCAACUAUGCUUACCUGGGCAGCAUCAGAGUGGAGGAGUCAUCCUUGAUAGAAAGAAAAACCACGCUACGCAAGCUGAACUUGAGCAUUGCAGAUCUUGAGUUUUGGAAGAAAAAAUUGCAGGAACAAGCUGGAGUGUUUGCGUGGCGUGUCACCCACGUACAGUGGAUCAAUCCAAAGCUUGUGAGAUUUACUUCUUCCAAGUUCAGGAACCGACACUUCGAAUGCCGUCGGAAGCUACUUGAGCAAGGUAGCCCGAAUAUCAGCAUCCCGGAUCCAUCCUUGCACAGUACCAGCAACUAUUUCUUGAAGCUGCUACCAACCAAAGCAUAUACCAUCCUGCGAGCAAAUGCCAGUGCUUUAGAUGGAUGUGUGCUACGCGUAGGGACGGGUUGCUCAGGCUGUGAUGUGGGCAUCCGGGCAGUCCAAACUGUGCUGGAUACAAUGAAUCAGGAGUUUGGAGUGAACAUCCGUCUUGAGCAUGUCUUUGCUGCUGAAAUCCAAGGACAAAAGAGAAACUACAUUCUGCAGGAGCACAACCCAAAGCACCUGUUCUCAGAUGUGGUUUGCUUCAGUCGCCUGAAGUCAGCAAGAUCCUCCUUUGCAGGAUGUUAUGAAACCAAUGAGAAGGAGCAGACACAACCAGUACAAGGCACCAGCAGCUUCACCUACAAGCACGGAUGGAAAAGCGCUGGCCUCACCGAUGGCAACAUCUUCCUCGACACUAGCUCGUCAUUGGACAGAGGGGCAGAGUUUGCAUACGAGGUUCAUGAUGAAGAGCUCUCCAACAUGUCACCGGAGGAGAUUGACAAGCUGUUUGAUGAUCUGACAGAGCGGGCUGCAGAGAUAUUGCAGCCAGUCAACUUGACCGAGACUGAUGGUGUAACAGGCGGCCAUGCCGCCUCGGCUUUGGUUGACGAGUGGCGCUUACCGCGGACGGUUUGCACAUUGAGCUUCUGUGACGGCUACUUGGGCAGAUCGUUCAUCAGCAUGCGUUCCGGAACCAUGAGUGAGGAAGUGCGCACCAAGCUGAACCGUGAGCUCAGCAAGUCCACCAUGCAGUAUCCAAGGGAUACCUACGAGCAGCAGUGCAAUGGAGUUGUGCUCCUCAAUUGCGUCGACGGAUGGAUGAACUUCAAAUGUAAUCUGGAGAACUUGGAGGCCCAGAUGAGGUCCUACCGCAGCAGCAUGCAGGAUGUUUUGCAGCUGACGGAGAUUCCUGACAUUGAAGAGGAAGAUGUGGGUCAGCAUCACAUGCGUGUGGUUGAGCUAGCAGAUGAGCAACCAUGUCAGUGGGCUGUGCAAAAUGGGGAUGAUGCCCAGACCCGUCGCCCCCUGCCGGGCUGGAUGGCUUCUGUGCUGGAGAUCAGAGUGGCUCAGUUUGUGGAUGACUCCCAAAGGUGGCAGGAGAAGAUCAUGAAACGGGAUUCCGCUGGAAAGUCCCUCACCCGAGCCCAGUUAGAGAAAUACAAUCAGUGGAAGCUGGGCCACAAUCCCAAGAUCAUCUUUGACAGAACCAAACGCAGGUGCAUCACUGAUGCCAAACAGGUGAACAAGGACUGCUUUGCCGUUCAGCUGCAUCUCAGUGAAGAGGCUGCUCAGUUGGAGCUCUCAGCCUGCACAGGAAGUCGCUUUCGCCUUCUCCUUCUUCGCGGGCCCAAGGUUGAAGUGGAUGAGAAGGUGGCUAUGGACUUUGAGGGGCCAAUUCCCCAGGAUGCAAUCGAUGAGCUCCAAUCUGGAGAGGAUUCAGAGCCAGAACCGGACAGGCCAGCAGAAGCUGAAAAUGCUAUUCUCGAUUUUGAGAAAGCCCAAAUGGAUGCUGGUGAGUGUGAUGGCUUAGAACAUUCUGAUGAAGUGGAUGAAAUCAUUGGAGAUUCAGAUGAGGAGUUGGAAGAUUUUGGCCUGAAGCCCCAGCGCACUUGCAAAGUGAAGAGCUUCAACUCCAGACCAGCUUGGGUUGAACUGGAGCGCCUGGAGCUUACAAGUUUGCCCCGGCACAUCACAGGCUGUUCAAUUGGCUUCCACGUGAGCAGCCGACAGUGGCACGGCUUUUACCCACAUGUCCACAGUGGGCUGUGCUGGAGCUUUGGUGGCCGGACAAACCGGACCGAGAAGGAAGCAAUCUUGCGGACAAUUCGUGCAAUACUAGAAGCCCAUAUUGCCGCCAAUCCAAAAGAUGCGAUGUGGCGGGUGCAACUGCACAAAAUCAAAACAACGGAGGCGACCCUCUAA